AUGGAGACACCCCCAGGAGCCCCCCGGCAGGCCUGGGAGAGCGAUGAGGAUUCCAAUGGGAGCACCUCCUCACUGGAGGCCUGUGAGGAGUCCCCAGUUCUGCUACUGAAGCCUCAUGCCAGCUGGUUACCAGUGUAUGAACUGGAGCAGGACAAGGUGGACCUCAUCGAGGCCUUUGACAACACUGCAGCCGUGUCUGAGCAGGAGAAGGUUGAAUUCCUUCGGAGCAUUUGCCUCCUGCUCUACACCGCCAGGCGCCGCGGCUUGAAACAGGGCCUGGAUACCUUCUGCAAGAACAACCAGCUCAUCCAGACCAUCCAGGCAAUACUCCAAGAGCAGCCUGUCACCGAGGUACACACGGAUGUGUGGCAUCUCGCCAUGGAAGCCAUCGUGGAACUGAGCUCAGUGCAGCCAGGGCUUGAGGACCUGGGGACAAGCUUCGCAGAGAUCUGUUGCAUGAGCAUCUUCUUCCUGCCUCCAGAAGAGGAGUUCUCGGAGGUGGAGACCUUCUACUAUGAACAUGCACUGGAAGCCAUGGAUGGCAUGUUCAAGAGCCUGGUCGUCAACUCUGCAGACCCCGAGGCCGGCGAGGAGUUGAAGAGCAUCCUGCAGCUCCUGCUGUGCUUCAGCUGCAACCCCAGCAGCACUGUGAGGAACCGGGCCCUGGGCAGGAUCAAGGCCCUGAGCCGGGUCCUGCGACUGCGCCACUACACGCUGAAGAAGCCGUUCCUGGCCCAGGGAAGCCACUUCAGCCGCCUGGACCCAGAGCAGCUCCUGGGACAGCUCCUGGGCCAGUUCCUCCUGUUCCGCUUCAGCGAGGACGGGACCAGCAACACGGCCCUGGAUGUGCUCCGGAACAUCUACAAGUACCUGAUGCAUCACAGAGAACGGCGAAAGCAGAAGCAAGUGGAAGAGCGCAGAUUGGAAUUAGACGCAAGCCCCCGAGUACUCACUAUGAAGUUUGCAGUGCUCCUGUUCCCACGGGAGCGGAUGGAGAUGGUCUGCGUGCUCAUCGAGGCCAUGAAGGACUCGAGCAUCUUUGACAAGAGGGUGGCAGAGAACAUCCUGGAGCUGGUCCUGCGCGACCCUGACUUCUGGCUGUUGGAGAUACCCAGCGUGGUGAGGAGCAUCCACGAAUGCCUGCGGAACAGCAGCAUUGAAGAGAUGUGGAGGAUGGAUGAGCUCAUCACCCUCAUGGCCAUCAAGUAUCCCAGGGAAUUGACAGUCACCAUGGUCCUCAACGUGCCCUUGAGAGAGAGCUCCGACCUGGUCAUGUGGGACAUGGUCCUGAGCAUCUCCGAGCCCAUAGAAACCCUGCAGGAGCUGCUGGGAAUGAUCCAGGCAAGGAAACUGCAGCAGCUCCUGCCCCACAUCAUGGGCAGGCUCUGGGAUGUCACAGAGCAGCUCCAGAUAAAGGGCCUGCUCAUCCUACAGAAUGUGAUGAGGCACCUCUGCUUGGAGGAAGUCAUCCCCAUUGCCGUGGGGCUGGUGCAGGACCUGCGGCCCUUCUUUGAUGCAGGAUGCGAGCAGCUCCGGGAGCUCUCCAUCCACCUGGUCUGCUUCCUCCUGGAGACGAUGCUUGAAUGUGACUGGAGGAGGAUACGGAGCAAAACUUGGGAUCUGCUGCUCCCCCUCUUCUUCCAUCUGAAUGACCAAAGCCACAGCGUGGUCAAGGUGAAGCGGAGCAGGAAGAGGAUGCAGGCAUGCCUGCACCACAGCCUGCGGUACCUGCAGGAUGCUCAGGUCCCCCUGCGAGAGGCAGCCGUCAGGUUCAUUGUCCACAGCAUCAAAGAUCUCUGGAGGUCAGAAGGGGACAUCGAUGCCACCAUCACCGCCGAGAAAGGGGAUGGGCGGACAUCGGACAGUGAUGAUCCUGAGGGCAUCCCAUAG